AUUUAAACUUCCUGGGUGGGACUCGGAAGACCUUGCUGCUGCCGCACCCAUGGUGAUCUAGGAGCCGAUCAGCUGCUCCCCAGCGGGCUGUGUGCGGGGAGAGCCCUUCCCUAGCGCCCCUCUGGGCCCAGCCGGGGGGACUUGCUCCGGGGGCUGGAACCAGCCCCUGGGGCAGCCCCGGGCUCUGCUGACGCCAGCCCCGGAGCCUGCAGCAGGUGAGAGGAUGGUGAGUGAGAACAAGAAGGAGAAUCCUCAACAGGAAGGUCCUGAGCAUGUGGAACCAGGUGAGAUGGUAUCAGGAAGAUCAGAAGGGGAUGUUUCUCAGUGUGCUGAACAGGGAGAAGCCCGUGAAAGUCAGUGCAAGCCAGAGAGGCAGCAGAGAAACCAUGCAAAGGAGAACCAGUGUAAAUCCACUCACAGGAGACAAGUGGUCAAGAAAAUCAAAGAAACUGUUCAACAGAGAAUCCCCAGUGGAGAUAGAUCCCAUACAUGCAGUUUCUGUGGGAAAAGCUUCUGCUGGAGAUCAGCCUUUAUGAGUCACCAGAGAACCCACACAGGAAACAGACCCUAUAAAUGCAAGGAGUGUGGGAGAAGCUUUAGUCAGAGCUCAACUCUCACUAUUCACCACAGAAUCCACACUGGGGAGAGACCCUACAGAUGCAAUGAGUGUGGGAAAAGCUUUAGUCGGAGUGGAAACCUUCUAGCACAUCAGAGAAUCCACACUGGGAAUAGAUCCUAUAGAUGCAAUGACUGUGGGAAAAGCUUUAGUCAGAAUGCAUACCUUCUAUCACAUCAGAGAACCCACAUGAAGCAGAAACCCUACAUAUGCAAUGAAUGUGGGAAAAGCUUUAGUCAUAGCUCACAACUUCUAUUGCACCAGAGAAUCCACACUGGGGAGAGACCCUACAUAUGCAAUGAAUGUGGGAAAAGCUUUAGUCUGAGCUCACACCUUCUAAUGCACCAGAGAAUCCACACGGGGGAGAGACCCUACAGAUGCAACGAGUGUGGGAAAAGCUUUACUCGGAGUGGAAACCUUCUAUCACAUCAGAGAACCCACACGGGGGAGAGACCUUUCAAAUGCCCAACGUGUGGGGAAAGCUUUGUUCAGCUCUUGAAACUUGUUAGACACCAGAGAAUCCACACUGGAGAGAAACCCUAUAAGUGUAAUGAGUGCGGGAAAAACUUCAGUGACAGAUCACACUUUAAUAAACAUCAGAGAGUCCACACAGGAGAAAAGCCCUUUAAGUGUUCUGAGUGUGGGAAAAGCUUUGGUUCAAGCUCAGAUCUUAUUAUACACCAGAGAAUUCACACAGGGGAGAAACCCUAUAAAUGCAUUGAGUGUGGGAGAAGCUUUGGUCGAAGCUCAGACCUCACUAGACAUCAGAGAAAACACACAGGAGAGAAGCCCUACAAAUGCCCCAACUGUGGGAAAAGCUUCAGUGACAGCUCUGCCCUCACUAAACACCAGAGAAUCCACAGAGGGGAGAGACCCUACAGAUGCCAGGAGUGUGGGAAAAGCUUUCGUCACAUCUCAAACCUUCUAUUACAUCACAGAACCCACACAGGAGAGAGACCCUAUAAUUGUCCUGACUGUGGGAAAAGCUUCAGUCGAAGCUCAAAUGUUAUUACUCACCAGAGAAUACACACAGGGGAGAAACCCUUUAAAUGCCCCGAAUGUGGGAAAAACUUCAGCACACGUUCAGCCCUUACUGCACAUCAGAGAAUCCAUAGCAGAGUGAGACCGUUACCAAUAUCAGGCUAUGCCUACUACCGUAAUGAGAAUAGACUGUAUUAUCUGCGGCUCACCAAAUCCGCUGCUUUGUGGGUCGCCCAGGAGAGCAUAACACUAAGGGAGCAACCCCUGAGAGAAAAGCCCCACUGCCUUGUAGCUGCCCAGCGGGGUCCGUGCGGGGAGAGCCCUUCCCUAGCGCCCCUCGGGGCCCAGCCGGGGAGACUUGCUCCGGGGGCUGGAAGCAGCCCCUGGGGCAGCCCGGGACGCUGCCGACACCAGCCCCUGGGGCGCAGACAUCACGUGAGGGGGGGAGACCCGGGGGAAGGGCUGGGGCCGGGCAGGAAAGUGACUCUGCACCAGCGGCCCCUCCUCGCCCCCGCUCUGCUCACGCGGGGGUCUGCGAGUCCCGGAGCUGCUGCCCUCCCUGCUCCCCCCCCAGGCUCUGCCCCCCUGAGCGCCUGCAGGAGCCGAGCCAGCGCCCGGAGAGCGACCGCCCCGGGAACAGAGAAGUUGUCUCAUUCCCUUGAGAGACGGGGAAAGGAAAUGGCUGGAGUGGAGCUGGUAACCUUUGAGGAUGUGGCUGUGUAUUUCACAAAGAAAGAGUGGGCUUUGCUGGACCUGGGUGAGAGAGCCCUGUACAGGGACGUCAUGCAGGAGAAUUAUGAGACUGUGACCUCGCUGGCAAAACCUGACAUGAUCUCCCGGCUGGAACGAGGAGAGGAGCCAUGGGUCCCUGAUCUCCAGGGCUACAAGGAAGGGGAGAGCCUGAGGAAUGUCCACAUAGAAGGUGAUGGCAUGAUGAGUGAGAAUGAAGAAGAGAAUCCUCAGCAAGAAGGUCCUGAGCAAGUGGAUCUACAUUGGUUAGUAUCCGGAAGAGCUGAAAAAGACGUUUCCCAGAGUCCUGAGGAGCCAGACAUCUGUGAGAGCCAGCACAGGCCAGAGAGGCAGCAAGAAAACCACUCCAGGGAGAGAUGGGCUAAAUCUAGUCACAGAAGCAGGUGGGUCAAGAAAAUCAAAGAAACUGUUGAACAGAGAAAUCCCACUAUAGAGAGACCCUACACUUGUGGUGAUUGUGGGAAAAGCUUCCCUUGGAAAUCAGUCCUUAUUAUUCACCAGAGAAUCCACACAGGAGAGAGACCUUAUAAGUGUCUGCACUGUGGGAAAAGCUUCAGACAGAGUUCAGCCCUAAUUACACAUCAUACAAUUCACACAGGAGAGAAGCCCUAUAAUUGCCCUGACUGUGGGAAAAGCUUCAACUGCAGUUCAACCCUUAUUCAACAUCAUAGAAUCCACACGGGAGAGAAACCCUACAAAUGCAGUGAGUGCGGGAAAAGAUUCAGUGUGAGCUCUCACCUUCUGUCACAUCAGAGAACCCACACAGGAGAGAGACCCUAUGAAUGCUCCAAGUGCAGGAGGAGUUUCAGUCAAAGUUCACAGCUUCUAUCACAUCAAAGAACCCACACGGGAGAGAGACCCUAUGAGUGCCCUGUGUGUGGGAAAAACUUCAGUAGGAGCUCAACUCUUAUUACUCACCAGAGAAUCCACACAGGAGAGAAACCCUACAAAUGCAAUGAGUGUGGGAAAAGCUUCAGUGUGAGCUCACACCUGCUAUCACAUCAGAGAACCCACACGGGAGAGAGACCUUAUGAAUGCCUCCAGUGCGGGAAAAGCUUCAGUCAGAGCUCACACCUUAUUAGACAUCAGAGAAUCCACACAGGAGAGAAACCCUAUAAUUGCUCCAGCUGCGGGAAACGCUUCAGUCACAACUCAUCCCUUAUUAAACAUCAGAGAAUCCACACAGGAAAGUAAUGAUAUAACUACCCCAACUGUGGGAAAAGCUUCAGAGUGCAGAUUUCACUAAUCACCAGAGAAUCAGCAUGGGGGAGACACUGCAAAUGCAGUGAGUAUGGGAAAAGCUUCAGUCAAAGCUCACAACUUCUAUCCCAUCAGAGAACCCAUACAAAAGAGAGACCCUAUCAAUGCCCCGAGUGCAGGAAAAGCUUUAAAGAGAUCAAAUCUUAUUAUUCACCAAAGAAUCUCAUGGGGAAGAAACUCUUUCAAUGUCCCAAGUGUGGGAAAAGUUUCAGAAUGACUCAGCCCCUACUACACAACAGAGAAUUCACAGUGGGGAGAGACCAUACAAGUGUAUGGACUGUGGGAAAAAUCUUCAAGAAAAAUCUUCAGUUAGAGCGUAUCCCUUAUUACACAUCAUGCUAUCCACACAGGAGAGAAGCCCUAUAUCUUCUCUGACCGAAGGAAAAUAUUCAGCUGAAGCUCAACUCUUAGUCAAUGGCAGAGAAUCUACAUGGGAGAGAAACCCUACAAAUGCAGGGAGUGUGGGAAAAGCUGAGCUCACAUCUUCUAGCACAUCAGAGAACCCACAGGCAAGAGAGACCCUAUAAGUGGCCCGACUGUGGGAAAUGCUUCUGGCAGAGCCUAAACCUCAUAAGAAAUUCCACACAGGACACACAUCAUAGAAAUGCCCUGGUUAGGGAUGACCUUUGCCAAUUCCUAUGAAUUUCAGAGGGUCAGGCUAGGCUGGAGUAGCCAUGCAGUGAGCAUAUGCAAUGUGUAGUUACUAAAACAGAAAAUGAAAUAACUCUUUUGGGACAGAGUUGUACAGAGCAAGAGGCUAGGAUGGGAUUAGAUUGUAACUUCUUGAGAAGCUCUGAACACUGAUCAUGCUCCAUUCAGUUGUUAUACAUGUAGAACAAUGUUUAUGUUAUAUGCUAUGACUUCUCAUUUAUUCUUGAUAGUGUUUUAGGCCCAAAUCCAACAUGGGAUUUAUGCAUUGUGACACUCAGAUCAUUACAAUGCCUAACUUUUAGGUUGUUCACAGGAACAACCCUGGGAUCCACAAAGUCCGAGUUAGAUAUCCAGGCUCCCUAUACAAUGAAGGGGAAGAGAAUGCAUCUUAGAAUGUGAUUCACAAAAGCCUUUGCACUAGGUGGGGAGCUGCCUAAGCUACUCAGUAGAAGAUGCCAGUGAGAAGGGUAUGUCCUAAGCCCUGCCCAUUUCAUGGAGAUAGGCACCUAUCUCUGCUUCUGAUUCAUGAAGUGGGGAAGUUAGACACUCCUUUGCUGAUGGCAUCCAAGCCAGUAGGUAUGUUCAGAGGCUGCCUACCUCCACACAAAACAGCUGGUGUGGGAAAGGAGGAUCUCACUCGUAACGUUUAACCCCAUCAUUAGGGCACUUGUCCAGGAUGUGGGAGACCUCCCCCAUUUCAAGUCCCCCCUCCAUCUGAUGAAACAAAGGUAAUUGAGCAGGUAUCUGUCACCUCUCAUGUGAGUGCCCUGGCCAUGAAACUGUGAGAUAUUCUGAUAGAUCCCUCAGUAUCUCCUUAUGAAACAAUUCCACCUUAUAUAAAUACUAAGAGUCCUUUGGCUAGAGAGAGAGAGAGUUGGAAUGACUCUGCAGCAUUGUGGUUAGGGCAACCACCCCAUAAGGUGGGUGACUGUGUGUCCAGUUCCCUUCUUCUUUACAUUUCUUUGAAGACAGAAUCCUAUGUCCCACCAUGAAGGAGACUUCACACUGAACAACAGAAGACAGGGUGAGAAAUUCCACCUGGUAAAAAGUGCAGAAGGAUUUAGGGAAUCCAUGCUUGUUGUUAAAAUUCCAUAGGGAAUUUAUGGACUUUGAAUGAAGUCAGAAUUGUUCUUUCAGAGCAUAAUUAUUGUUUCCUUAGAAAACUGAAUCCGUUGGAGUUCAGAUUUAUUCCAUAAAUCCAGACUCUUGGGACAGUAGGAACUCUUACUUGGAAAAUGCCAGUCAUAUAAGGCUAACAACUUCCACCCAACUAUGAAAAAUAUUGUAGUGCUUCAGUGAAAACACUGCCUCCAUUGAUGGGAGAGUUUCUCCUGAUGGCAUAGGUAGCCAUGGAGAGGCGGUAGCCAGAUCAAUGGGAGAUUUCACCCAUCAACCUAGCACUUUCUACACCGGGGGGUUAGAUCAGUUUAAAUGUGUAGCUGAGAGGGGAGGGAUUUUUCAGACCAAUGAGUGAUGUAGUCAUAGCAACCUAAUUUCAUAAAGUAGAUCAGGCCUUAGAUCUCUCUCCCUUAUAACUUAUAACAUGUGAGAUUGAGAAAAGCUAUCUUCCAACUUCAGCAUCUUUACACAAUAUUUAUGUUCUAACCUCUAGAAUACUUUUAUUCUAAUUUUAAUUGUGUGGUGUGUUUUUAACUACAAGAGUUAUCAAAUGUGUUAAUACCUUAUACCCUACACUAGCCUCCUUUCAUCCUUGGGGUGGUAGCUUAACUAGUUUAUCUUUGUGUAUUUAAAAUACCAUAAGUAGGGUACUUUGUGGUAAUUCUCUUUCUACACUUGAACACUACAGUGUUUACUCAUUGGUAUACAGAAUUAUGUUUAAUAAUCUCUCUUUUCUGCCAAUUAAUUCAAUCACCAGGAUCUUCCUGCUAGCUGCUUGUUAACUCUAAGAACACUCCCUCAGCCUGCUUGAUUAGCUGUAAUUUGAAUACCAUGGUUAAUCAAACUGCUUUCUGAACUUUCACACUUGUAAAAUUGCCUAUUAACUCCACUAAAUCAAAACUAAUCCUCUCUGCUCUCCACUGUUGUAUAAUAAUCACAUUGGGUGAUUCUUGUACCCCCGCUUUUCUAUGUAAUUGUAGUCAUUUCCAGCUAAAGAUGUUUGUCUAAACUCUGCUGAAUUUCAAGCUGUAGUAAUCAUAUGACUCUGACUUCGCCUUAAAAAUCUCACUUAUCCUCAAAAUACUACCAUUUUUGAGACAGAAGUAAAAGUAGUAGCAACAGUUUUGCUUGUUUUUGUUACAUUGACAAUACUUUCAGGUAUAUUCUCCUACCCAACCUAUCUAGUUUUAUUCAGAGUUAGUUUAAAAGUUUGAAUAUCAAGUUGAAGUAUAAUUGUUGUAAUUUAUUUGCUUUACUAAGUUUAUACUGAGUUAUCUGAUACUAUUGCUUUAAGUUUAACUUUUAAAUUAUGAUAAUUUUUAGUUACUAGGGCAAACAACCUCUUAAUGUGGUUUAUGAAUAUUUAAUGGAAUACCAUUCUGAUUAAUUCUCAUAGCUGUUUGAAUUUUAUAUUCAGUUUUAUAACACUACUCCAUUCAUAGAAUCAUAAAAAAGUAGGACUGGAAGGGAACUGAAGAAGUCAUCAAGUAUAGCCUCCUGCACUGAGACAGUAAAUCAUACCUGAUAAGAAUUUGCACAACCUGUUCUUAAAAACCUCCAGCAAUGAGGAUUCCACCACCUCCCUUGGAAGCCUAUUUCAGAGUUCAACUACCUUUAUGUUUAGAAAGUUUUCCCUAAUAUCUAACCUAAAUCGCCCUUGCUGCAGAUUAAGCACAUUAGUUCCUGGUUUUCCUGAGCUAGUUAGAUGAGAAGCAAUUAAUUCAUAAUUCCAUCUAAUUAAUUGUGCCAUUAUCCUCAUAUACAAUAUGAGUUUGAAAAAGGAAAGGUAGCUAAAAGCUCAGGGCACUGGUCACUCUGUGAGCCACAUGAUUUCUCUAUUGCUUUUUCUCUUUAUGUAUCUUCUGCUACAAUAAACAUAGAUUCAUAGAUACUAAGGUCAGAAGGGACCAUUAUGAUCAUCUAGCCCGACCUCAUGCACAACGCAGACCACAGAAUCUCACCCACACACUCCUGCGAAAAACCUGUCACCUAUGUCUGAGCUAUUGAAGUCCUUAAAUCGUGGUUUACAGACUUCAAGGAGCAGAGAAUCCUCCAGCAAGUGACCUGUGCCCCAUGCUACAGAGGAAGAUGAAAAACCUCCAGGGCCUCUUCCAAUCUGCCCUGGAGGAAAAUUCUUUCCCGACCCCAAAUAUGGCGAUCAGCUAAACCCUGAGCAUAUGGGCAAGAUUCACCAUCCAGAUACCCAGGAAAGAAUUUUCUGUAGUAACUCAGAUCCCACCCUGCAACAUGUUACAUUUUUUCAACCAUCACAGUGCCAUCAUCAUCAUUGAAGAUGGAGGGAGGACUGCAGGGGUCUGGGAGGAAGGGUGAGCAUUAAGCAUAAUGGGAAAGCAGACUGAGGGUAUGGCAUGUUUGGCCACUGGUUGAGGGGUUUGAUAGUUCAGGGAAAUAAAUCCUUUAGAGUUUAAAGUCUCUGGCAUGGGUGCCAUUUUUUUAACACUCAAGAUGGAGGGUAGGGGAAGGCAGAGCAGUCAGAGAGAGAGAGAGAAAGUCAUAACUCUCAUCUGUCCAGCCAGUACCUGGAACAAAGUUGUUUAAAUCCCCCUAUAUAGUUGUACUGAAAUACAGCUGUCAUAAAUACUAAGGGAAGGGUAAACACCUUUAAAAUCCCUCCUGGCCAGAGGAAAAACCCUUUCACCUGUAAAGGGUUAAGAAGCUAGGAUAACCUCGCUGGCACCUGACCACAAUGACCAAUGAGGAGACAAGAUACUUUCAAAGCUGGAGAGAGGGCGAAACAAAGGGUCUGUCUGUCUGUCUGUGUGAUGCUUUUGCCGGGGACAGGAUAGGAAUGGAGUCUUAGAAUUUUGUAAGUAAUCUAGCUAGAUAUGCGUUAGAUUAUGAUUUCUUUAAAUGGCUGAGAAAAUAAGCUGUGCUGAAUAGAAUGUAUAUUCCUGUCUUUGUGUCUUUUUUAUAACUUAAGGUUUUGCCCAGAGGGAUUCUCUGUGUUUUGAAUCUAAUUACCCUGUAAGGUAUUUACCAUCCUGAUUUUACAGAGGUGAUUCUUUUUACUGUUUCUUCUAUUAAAAUUCU